GGAGGGGGGGGGGAAUUUUUAGUAAUGACCCACUGAACGGGCAGCACAGAGCUGUCAACGUGCAUCACUCAGGGAGAGAGAGAGAGGGGGAGGGAGAGAAAGAGAGGGAGAAAGAGAGAGAGAGGGGGGGAAAUAAAAAGAGAGCUUGAGCAGUGGUUUGCAGACAGACAGCCGAGCCGUCCUGUCGGGAACAAAGCAGACGCUGGUGCUGGUGUGUGUGGCUGUGUGUCAGGCAGCGGCCGGUGGGCGCCCCGACUCUCACACCAACAACAACCCCCUCUCUGGUUGCCAGCGCUGACCCAGCCCGGUGAUGGUGAAGCGGGGUAAAUAGUGAAGGCAGACGGAUGAGGCUUCGGCCGGAUCUGAAGGUGAACCCUCCAGCAUUUUCAGAGCAUGUUAAAAAAGGGUGAUCAGAAGCGUGGACGGACCAGAGCUGAAUUACAUUCCUCGCCCACAAAAUAGUCUGCACAUGCAUUCUCAUCUGUGAGCAUUAACAAUUCUGUUCCCUCAAAGGCAGAAUGAUCUUCCUGCACUGUGUACAGUGCACAUGGCAUCUCUGGACAAGAGAGACUCAUUGCUGGUUGGUCAGUGGGAACUGAUAUAGAAUGAAGGACAUGUCACUGGGAGCCCAUUUACUUGUUGGACUGGCAAUUGCUGCUACAGUGCGGGCAACUGAGAGGAGUAGGGACUGCCCGAAGGUGUGCACUUGUGAGGUUCGGCCGUGGUUCACACCAAGGUCGGCCUACAUGGAAGCUCCCACCACAGACUGCAGUGACUUAAGCCUGACGGCAUUCCCACAUAACUUGCCAUCCGACACCCAGGUUGUGCUGCUGCAGAGCAACAACAUUUCACAAAUCAAAGAGCCGAUAGACCUCUUGGUCAACCUGACUGAAAUCGACUUGUCUCAAAAUAACUUUUUUGCAAUUGGCGACAUCAACCUGGGACAGGCGAGCCGGCUGAUGUCUUUGCACCUGGAGGAGAACAGGCUCACUGAGCUGCCCAAAGGGUGUCUGUCUGGGCUGGGCAAUCUCCAGGAACUCUUCAUCAACCACAAUCACAUCUCACGGGUGGCACAUGGGGCCUUUUCUGGCUUGGCUCGUCUCCUCAGGCUCCACCUCAAUGCCAACCGCUUGGCGUCCAUUGAAAGCCAGUGGUUUAAGGACACACCAAGCUUGGAGAUCUUAGCCAUUGGCGAGAACGCCAUCGCCCAGAUUCAAGACAUGAACUUCAAGCCACUGGUCAGCCUGCGGAGCCUGGUGAUGGCUGGCAUGAGGCUGACCCAGUUGGGUGACAAGACCCUGGUUGGUCUGGACAGUCUGGAGAGCAUUUCCCUGUAUGACAAUGGCUUUCGCUCUGUGCCCCACGCGGCUCUCCAGAGGGUCCCCAGCCUCAAAUUCUUGGACCUGAACAAGAACCCAAUUCAGAGGAUCAAGCAGGGAGACUUCCGGAACAUGCUGCAUCUGAAAGAACUCGGCAUCAACAAUAUGGCAGAGCUGGUGUCCAUCGACGGUCUCGCUCUCGACAAUUUGCCCGAGCUGACGAAGAUCGAAGCCACCAACAACCCGAAGCUCUGCUUCAUCCACCCAAACGCGUUCUACAGAGUUCCUCAAAUGGAAACGUUGAUGAUCAGCAGCAAUGCGCUGAGCGCCCUCUACAGGGGGACAGUAGAAUCGCUUCCCAAGCUUCAGGAGAUCAGCCUCCACAGUAACCCUAUCCGAUGUGACUGUGUCAACCGCUGGAUCAAUGCAAAGAGGACACGUAUCCGCUUCAUGGAGCCCCAGUCGCUGUUCUGCGUCGACCCUCCUGAAUUCAAGGGGCAGCGAGUCCGGGAGGUUCCCUUCAGAGAGAUGACCGACACCUGCCUGCCGCUGAUCAGCUCUGAGAGUUUCCCUUCCGGCCUGAACAUGGAGCAGGGCAGCUCCGUGUCCCUUCACUGUCGGGCCACAGGGCAGCCAGAGCCUGAAAUGUACUGGAUUACCCCGGCCGGUGACAAGCUCUUACCCCACAUGGCGACCGGCAAGUACAGGGUGCACCUGGAGGGAACCCUAGAUAUAGUGGAAGUGGCCGGCGAGGACUCGGGCUUGUACACGUGUGUGGCUCACAAUCUCCUGGGCUCGGACUUGCGGACUGCGGUCAUCACGGUCAAUGGGUCCUGGCCUCGGAGGGCGAACGACUCUUUUAAGCUCCGAGUCCGUGAGGUGACCUCGCAUUCGAUCCUGGUGACCUGGGAGGCCGUUUCCAACAGCGUAACGGCCAGUGUUAGUUGGUCGGCUGCCGGUUGGGUCACAUACACGGUCAGAGCUCCCACAGACCUGCACUUGUACAAUCUAACCCAUUUGAACCCCGCCACCGAGCAUGAGCUGUGUGUCCGCCUGGCUGACCUUCACGGACAAACCAAAACAACAUGUGUCAACGUCACCACGAACAAAGGGCUGGACCAUUCGGCGAAAGGAAAGGAGGCUAGUGCCGGUUUGGCGACGGUGACGGCCCUUGGUACCGUCCUGGGGGUGGUUAGCUUGGCCUGUCUCUACUUCUCCUGGAACAUGGACUGUGGCUGUUUACAAAAUGACACGCAGAAUGAAGCUGUGGUCGCACUUCCCUUGGACGAGUCUUGUGUUCCUCUCAUGGAUAAUCGGGACAUGGGGGGAGAGGAAGACGUGCCGACCCUGGAACUGGAAGCCACUGUCAUUGAUGUGUCAGCGGCUGCUCGUAAAAGCAGAGAUGGCAAGGGUCAUCUGAGCUGCAACUGGCCGGCUUUUGAAUGUUGAGUAAAUGGAGGUGAGAAGCACUGAUCCGUUCGCCCUGAUACUGACACCCGUGGGAAUGGUGUGAGGGUGAUGGCGGUGUAGCCCACCCCCAGUUUAUAAACAAACUCCCGUGUAUAUGUCAAGUCGGUGAGGUAGGCACAUUCCAGCGUCCCUCCCGGGUAAUUUACAAUGUGGGGCUGGCGAGUGGGGCAGCCCGCCGCCACCCCCGAAUGCUGAGGGAGUGAGCAGACAGCAAUCAGGCACCAGGCAGUGACAACAACCUCAUGUUUUACUCUAUGUGAAGUUGUUUACUUUCAGUCCAAACAAUAAAACAGAUAUACAGUAGAAGAGCACAGUGAGAGUAGGUAGGUAAAAGGUUAAAUGCAUUUCCCCUGUAUUUGACUAACGUGUAAACAGUAUUGGUCUCUACUCCUGGCCUCUUACACAAGGCUGGGAGCUGCCAGUAGUUUAUAAGCUGUGUGGUUGAAAUCGGAUGCCACAUGUGGUGUUAAAUGGAUAUGGACCUUUAGAUUAGGUCAUACAUUAGGUCAUACAAGUAUGUGAAAUGCAAUCUUUUUUUUGAGAAACCAGAAAUUAACAUUUUUGAAUAAACUCAGUUGUGUCUGGUUCCCUUUUCA